CAUUCAGCAAUGCAGUCAGAGAAAAGAUGAAGUAAAUGAUUGUGUUGACAAAACAUUAUAAUUUGACAUACCAUUCUGAAGAAUAACUGCCUUGUGUUUUAGAUAUGUAUUAAAUGUUUGAACUAUUUGAACUAUUUGAAUAAGUUACCCUGUGUUUCCUUUGCAAGUUUACUUCCCCUCCCACCUCCCACCUCUAGCUCAAGUAUAUUCAUCAAAUUGCUGAGUUGGAAAGGUUUGUAAUGAGUUCUUUGAGCUGUAUGUCUUCCUCCCUCCUAUCUCCCCUUAAUCUUCACCUGACAUUAAAUAAAGCAAAUCCCAAACAGAUUAACUGUCAAACAGUUAUGCUCCAUCUAUUCAAUCUGCUUUUAGGUUUUCCAAGGGGGAGUGUGCUGAUUAGGUAAGGAGAUGUCAUGGUCUUCUUCUGUCGAUGUAGGAAGAUAGCAGCUAUGAUCGCCUGAAAAAGCAGAACUACUCAGUGCAAGCAUGGCUUUCGCCCAGUCGCACAUUAUGGCAGCUAGAAGGCAUCAGCACAGUAGACUCAUAAUUGAAGUGGAUGAGUACAGCUCAAACCCCACACAGGCUUUCACGUUCUACAACAUUAACCAGGGACGUUUUCAGCCCCCACAUGUGCAAAUGGUUGAUCCUGUGCCCCAUGAUGCUCCCAAACCUCCAGGAUAUACUCGAUUUGUCUGUAUUUCUGAUACUCACUCAAGAACUGAUCCCAUCCAAAUGCCAUAUGGAGAUGUGUUAAUACAUGCUGGUGAUUUUACUGAGCUGGGACUUCCUAGUGAAGUUAAAAAAUUCAACGAGUGGCUAGGUAGCCUGCCCUAUGAAUACAAGAUUGUGAUAGCAGGAAAUCAUGAAUUGACCUUUGACCAGGAAUUCAUGGCUGACUUAAUCAAGCAGGACUUUUACUAUUUCCCCUCUGUUUCUAAGCUGAAGCCAGAGAGCUAUGAAAAUGUACAGUCUCUUCUAACAAACUGCAUCUAUCUUCAAGACUCUGAAGUGACGGUGAGGGGAUUCAGAAUAUAUGGCUCCCCUUGGCAACCUUGGUUUUAUGGCUGGGGCUUUAAUCUUCCACGAGGCCAAGCACUAUUAGAGAAAUGGAACCUUAUUCCAGAUGGAAUAGAUAUUCUUAUUACACAUGGACCACCUCUCGGUUUUCUAGACUGGGUUCCUAAGAAAAUGCAACGAGUAGGAUGUGUUGAGCUGCUGAACACAGUCCAGAGACGAAUACAGCCGAGGCUGCAUGUUUUUGGACAUAUCCAUGAAGGUUAUGGCGUAAUGGCUGAUGGAACUACUACCUAUGUGAAUGCAUCUGUGUGCACUGUGAAUUACCAGCCUCUUAACCCACCUAUAGUUAUUGAUUUACCUACGCCAAGGAACACAUGAUUAUUACAAGGGUUUAAUGUCAUGCUCCACAUAUUAGCAACUUUAUAUUGCUGGCUGAGAAUCCCAGUAGGGAACUAUUCAACAAAAAAGCAAAACUUUCUUCUUUUUUUCCCUGUUAGUUCUUCAGACAUAAAUUUGAGUGACAAAAACGGAUGAGGAACAAAGACAUUUUGGUGCCAUUAUCUGCCAGAAGCAGAUUAAGACUUUAACAUUUCACCAUUAAAAUGUUUGUGAACACAGAAAAGUGAAUGCAUUCCACACACACACACACAUAUAUAUAUAUGCAUAUAUAUAUAUAUCAAGUAGGGACUUUUGUAUAUACCAUGCAUUAUACUGGACUUAUUAAAAGAAUAAUGUCUUUCAAA